CAGAGAACAACAUCAAAAGAAGAACGAAAACAGUAACUUUCGACAUCAAUCGCAAGACAAUGGUUCACUACCUCCAACACUGCCCCACGAUACACUCAAAGCACAUAAUUUUGGCUUCCGAGGCGGGCAGAGAUGAUUUUCAGGGAGCUCAACAGAGCCCACAGAGCCUUUCUCAGGCGUGCCCAAACGCACCCAAAGUCUCUGGCGAUGGCGAUCCUGGGCGGCUCGACCGUGGCGGGGGUGGUUCUCUUCCGGAUCAUCGAYGGUAACGACGGCGUGCGGGGCGUCGAAAAUCUCCACGCACGAAAAAUGUCUUUAGAGGAAGCAAGGCUGAUUGCCAUGGUAGAGAAUGCYAGGGAAAGUUCCUGGCGAGAAAACAUCGAAAACGCCGUGAAUGCCCAGGAACAAUUUAUGUUGCCGGGAAGGCGGCAGCAAGGAAAGAAUCUGAACUCACUUAUGGAGAAAAUCGAUAAACGCAGCCAGGAAAUUAUUCGGGACCAACACCAAGAAAUAGAUCAAUACCAAACAAAACGGAAGGCAGAGACCGAGGCGAAAGCGAAGGACAAUAUCAGCUAUUGGAAAUGAAGCAAUCGGCACAGCGAUGUUACAGAGAAGAGGAAACUCACUUUCUAUCUCGUUUUUUGAUACGCUACGAAUCCUGUUGGGAGUGGCGACUCGAAAAUUCACGUCAUGCGGUAGUUGGCAGCAAAAAUACUUUGAUUGCUGGCAAUCAUUUUCCUCGCAGUAAUGCCACUAUGUUAUUAUUUGGGAAUGAUAGACGAGCGACAGAAUAUGGACUACGCUGCUACACCACAAAGGGACCGAACCAUGAGUGAAGGAAUCGUGGUAAAAAACUUGUGCUAGCUUGCAAUCUCCUCGUCGUCGUAUCUAUUCGUUCACUAGAAAACAUACCAGCGAAAACCCUGAGGAUUUUGUAGCAAGGCCUUCAGCGUUUCGGGUUUUUCUUACUAAAGGAAUUUAUUCUCA